AUGAGCGAGUGCCUAAUGUUCGGCAUGGAUUGCGAGGCGCGGUGUAUGGUUUCGGUGGCGGCCGACGAGGACAACGUGUGCUUUCUCGUGGGGACUAAUAAUAUCAAGAAUGAUAAUAAUCAGGUGAGCAUUUGCAGAAUUUUUAUAAAAUGCGAGUUUUUUUAGGUGAACAAGCUGUACAUGGACAACGAAGCGUCCCGUCUCAUGUCAAAAUCGUUCCGACAUCCGGCCGGAGAGGUCCGCGCAAUUGCCGCCCAUCCCGAGAAGCCGAACAUUUUGGCGACGUGCACGGCAGAUUGUAAGCGAUCACAAAGCGAUCGCUAGAAACCCGACCUCUCGUUUUUCAGUCAACACUCUGGGCGGAAAGCACUCGAUCACAGUGUGGAACAUUGAGGAGGACAAGCGAACGCUGGAGACAAUCUCGAGAUUCCCGUGCGAACCCGUGAUGCAUUGCCUCGAAUGGGAGCCCGCGUCCAACCGAACCGCCGCCCUUACCGCCUUCUCGCCGUCCGUUCAGAUUCUCGACAUGACGGACGAACCACAACUGGUGCAGACUGUUGAGGUUCGGGAAGAAGGAGAGAUGUUCAGUGCGCGAUGGAGUCCGCAUUACGACGGAAAUAUGUUGGGAGUGACUGUCGGACGAACGGCCGUCUGCAUGGACACACGCACGCCGAGGGACCAUCUACGAGUUGUCAAUGCGCAUUCGCACAGAACCAUUUCCAUGGAUUUCAAUCCUAAUUUACAGCAUGUGUAAGUAAACAAAUCCGAAGAAAAACGUUAUAGCGUGUUGAGAAUUUUCAGAAUAGCGACUUGCGGUGACGACGGUCACGUGCGCAUCUGGGACACGCGGUCCUCCGGCCAGGCUCUGAUGUCGCUCCAUCCGCACGCACACUGGGUGUGGCAAGUCAGAUAUCAUCCGGUGCACGAUCAACUGCUUCUCACCGGAGGCGCCGACGCCAGCGUUGUACUCUCGUGCGGUCAGAGUGUGAGCAGCGAAGAAUUCCACGAGGAAGCGGACGAAGAAGAGGAGGAAAUGGUGGAGAGACUGCAAGACGGACAGUUGGAACGAAUCGACGAGCACGAGGACAGUGUGUGCGUUUGAUACUGAACUUUUUGGGAGAAAUGAGUCAUAAGAACUGUCUGUCACUAUUUCGCAAUCAUUUCAGAUACGCCUGUGCCUGGUCCUCCGCCGAUCCCUGGUCAUUUGCCUCGCUUUCCUACGACGGACGGAUGAUUCUGUCAAAUGUGUCACGCAAACACAAAUACGCUCUAAUGCAACUUUAAUUAUUUUAUAUUGAUUUCUGCUUGGGAAACGGGUUUUUUUUUCAUACAUGUGAAUAGCCAUAAAAUAUUCAUGCUUUACUCGGUUUUUUUGUCAUAUUCUUGAAGUGUUUAUUCCAGCGCAUUACAUAUCUUUCUUUUGUACGUUUCUGUCAUUCUCUGUUCAAUUUUCAGAUGGCCAACAACUCAAACGCCAAUCUGAUGCGUGAAGUGCGCCUCUACGACAACCAUUCGGAACGCGAGCAAAUGGAGAAUCUGUCGGAGCUGUUCGCAGUGCUCAACGCGCUCGAACACCUCGAGAAAGUGUUCAGUCGGGAUCACGUGUCAGCCGACGAGUACAAAUCCGAGUGCUUCAAGCUCAUCGACCAGUACAAAGUGGCGAUGCGGCUGGUGCACGGCGCCACCAACGUCGAGGAGUUUGCCAAGAAAUAUCGACUACACUGUCCCGCGGCCAUUGAACGAAUCCGAGAGGGACGGCCGAUAACGGUGAAGGACGAUCAGGGAAACAUUCUCAAGCAUAUCGCUUCUAUUGUCGAGGUAACAUAAUUUUGUGGAGUGUUUUCCUAAAUUUCUGUUAUUUCCAGCAAUUCAUCACUUUCCUCGACGCUCUCCGACUCAAUACCCGUGCCGUCGACGACCUUUACCCGGGACUCGACGACCUCUUCAAUGCGAUCAACACGACGAGCCGAGUGCCGAUCGAGCCGGUCGUCACCACAAAAGUGAAAAAGUGGCACGAUCGUCUCUCGUCGAUGGCCGCUUCGGACGAAAUCUCCGACGAGGAUGCCCGUCAGAUGAUCUUCGACAUCGAGUCCGCCUACCAGUCAUUCAACAAAACGCUCAACGAUCAGAAGCACUGA